AUGUUAUCAGAAAAAGAAUACGAAGAUACAUUAUGGAAAUACAACCACAUUCCGAAAUCAAUAACUGGACAAGCUCGAAGAAAUAUUAAACAAGUAUAUCGAAAAAAACUUAAUGAACAUUAUUAUGCUUCAAAUUAUCCACCAUUUGAACCAUCACCAUAUGAAUUAAUUUUUAUUAAUUAUAGAACAACAGAAGAAACAUUAAUUAAAUUAACUAAACUUAUUAAUUCAUGUACAUUAUUUACGAUUGAUACAGAAUCUAUAACUGUAUACAAAAAACCUAAUAAACCAGCACUUAUUCAAAUACAAAUCAUAACACAUGAAUUAAAUUCAUAUAUAUUAAUUAUUGAAGUUCAUCAUUUACCAAGAUCACAUGUUCCAACAUUUUAUUUAAUUCAACAACUAUUUGAAUCAUUAUUUCAACCGGAAAAUACAAUUUAUGUAUGGGGUACGAUUGAUGAAUUAACAAAAUUUACUGAAUUUAAUUUAUUUUCAUCUGAUCAAAUUAAAUUAUCACGCAAUCGUAAUCUACAAGAUGAAUUUAAAUUAUAUUGGUACAAACAUCAUCCACAUAUUAAAACAUCAUCAACAACUAAUCAAAAGUGUAUAUGUGAAGCAUGUAUUGGCAUACAAGAAAACAACCCGUGGUCUAUACAAGCAGCAACAGCAUAUGAAUUACACAAAUGGUUAGACAAACGUCAUACAUGUUCAACAUUUGACAUUGGGUUAGAUCCAAAAUUAGUUCGAUUAAAUUCUAAAGAAUUAGAAUAUCGUCAAUUAAUAACUGACUAUGCUGCAAAUGAUUGUGAUG